AUGUCUGAAGGUACACAUACCAAAGAUACAACAAGUGUUGACAACAGUACUAAGUCCGGCACAGUCACGAGCCAAAGCCAAGGAUCGAAAAGGACCAAUCAGUCAUCGGCCUAUCGAUCCGCCUCUCAUCAAGAUACAAGCGCCCCGAUCUCGGAUGCCGAGUACGCCGAGCAAUUGAGACGUGAAGGACGUGAUUUCAGCUUCUUCAAGGACAUGGAAGAAAUCAGGCGAACUCAUGGUCCUAUGCCGCCAAUGACAACCGAUAUCAUGAUGAGAGCAUACACGGAGAUUUAUGGAAGCGAUGGUAAAUCCUGA